UGGGAGGAGCCGCACUGCUCAGGUGAACCAGGUGUAUUAUUACAGACAAGAACCCGGAAACUGCAGCCUUCAGAGGCACAGCUCCAUUUUACUGACGGAACCAGGAAGCAGCUCUUUGGGUCGACACCUUAAGCUGAUUAAUGAAGAUGGGUUCUUCAGAGAACGAGGUGACAUUGGGUUCUUCAGAACCAAGCAUAGAGAUGGACCCAUCCAAAUCAGAAUCUGCAGCCUUCGAGGGUCAGCCCGAACCUUCAGCCUCAGAAGAGCAGCAGCUCGUCCCAGAGGAACCGUCUGCCUGUGGAUCCAUGGAGACUGAGGCCUCUGAAGAUCUAAAGAGGAAGAGGAGGGCUGUGUGGAUGGAGGAGCGGCCUUCCUCCUGCCCCUUGUGUCAGGACGUCCUGAAGGAUCCGCUCUGUCUGGGCUGCGGGCAUUGGUUCUGCAGGCACUGCAUCGCCUCCCACCGGCAGCGGUCUGCUGCGGCUCGCUGCUCCUGCUUCCAGUGCGCUGCAGAAUCUGACAGUGGAGCUAGAAUCCAGACGUCCGACCACAGCAGAAGAGUCCACUCGGAGUGUUGGGAAACCCUUAAGCUGGUUCUGAGGAACUUCAUGGACGUCUUUAACUUGAUUCCUGAGGAUCAAAUCUUCUUGAAUGACAUCUUCAUAGAGCUGCAAGUCUCAGAGGCCAGGAAUGAUCAUCAGCACAAAGAAGUCAGAACCUUGUCCAGAAAGAAACCCAGAAUGCGAAGAAACAUCAGAAUGGAAGAUGUACUGAAGCCUGGAAGGGACACGUCAGCCAAAAUAGUUCUGACGAAAGGAGCUCCUGGUGUCGGGAAGAGCAUAUUAACUCAGAAGUUCACGCUGGACUGGGCCGGACGCAGAGACACAGAGGACAUCCACUUUGUGUUUCCAUUCAUGUUCAAAAUACUAAACAAGCAGAAGGAUCUAAAACUGAACUUUGUUGACCUCCUCCAUGAUACCUUUGGGGACAUCAAACAUUCUGGAAUCACCUCUUUUGACGAAUUUCGGAUUCUGCUGAUCUUGGAUGGUCUGGAUGAGUGUCAGCUUCCUCUGGACUUCAAAAAGAAUGAGACCCUGAGUGACAUUUGGACGGAGACCUCGCUGGACGUUCUGCUGACAAACCUGAUCAAGGGGAACCUGCUUCCUUUAGCUCAGAUCUGGAUCACCACUAGACCAGCAGCAGCUGGGCGGAUUCCUGCCAAGUUUGUUGGGUUGGUGACAGAGAUCAGAGGGUUCACAGACGCCAACAAGGAAGCCUAUUUCCGGAAGAGGAUCAAGAAUAAGGAGCAAGCCAACAGGGUCAUCUCCCAUGUGAGAACGUAUGAAAACCUCCACAGGAUGUGUCACCUCCCAAACUUCUGCCGCAUCACGGUUAAGGUACUGGAGGACCUGAUGAAGAGCGGAGAGGAAGAGGAGUUUCCCAAGAACAUCGGUGACAUGUACAUCAACUUUCUGUUGCUUCAGAGCAAACGCAACUGUGAGAAGUAUCCAGACAAGGCUGAGAAUUAUCCAGACAUAAAGAAGGUCAUCAAGGUUCUUGGUAAACUGGCCUUUGAGCAGCUGCAGAAGGGACACCUGAUCUUCUACGCCUCUGACAUGGUGGAGUACGGCAUCAGUGUCAAAGAUGCUCCGCUGUACUCUGACGUCUUCACAAACAUCUCCAGAAAGAGGAAAAAUGCCUGCAAGGACCCCGCUUACUGCUUCAUCCGUCUGAGGACCCAGGAGUUCCUGGCUGCAGUUUAUGUCUUCAACUCCUACCGUGGCAGGGAGACUGAGACGUUGCAGGAGCAUCCUGGGGAUGGGGACGGCCCAAGCAAGUCUCCUCUGGAUGUGUUUGUGAGCAAAGCCCUACAGACCCCCCUGCAGAGCAAAAACCGGCAUCUGGACCCAUUUGUUUGCUUCCUGCAUGGCCUCUCUGUGCACUUCAUCCAGAACUUCCUCAAAAGCCUGAUUGGUCGCCCAGACACCAAGUCUGAAGUCAUCUUGACCGCCCUCAACCAGCUGCAAAAGAUGAGCUACGAGAACCUGAUUUCUGACCAAAGCCUGAGCAUCUACCACACUCUGAUGAACGUGAAGGAGCUGUCACUGCCUCAGCAUAUCCAGCGCUUCCUCAAGCUGGAGAGUAAGUCAGAGAAGGAGCUGCUGGAGGUCCACGUCCCACUGCUGAUCCACAUGCUGCAUGCUUCUGAAGACGACCUGUACCUGAAGAAGUACAACAUCACCAAAAGAUGUCACCAGAGGCGGAAAAAGACCACGGUGGAGGUCAUCGUGAAGGUGAGCACCUGAGGUUGAAGCGGGCAAGGUAACAGCCCUAAAGAGAUCAGAAGAAAUCCAGGAGGAACCUGCUAGAACUAAAUGUCUUUUGUUCAUUGAUGGACAGCGCCUCUGUGUGGUGAGCCUGACGUCUACCAGCUGCAGACGUACAGAUCUGACUGUAAUGGAAAUGUCCACAUAAGUAAAUCUUGGUGACAGAGUUUAGUCUUUUUCUUUCCCCCUGCAUGACUUUGGUGUCCUGAAGGCUCGAUUUAAAGAAAGUGAAUGUUUUUUCCUCAGAGAUGAAGAAAGAAAAAGGUUUGAAAUUGAUCUUUUACAUUGAAGACGCUUCACCGCUUUUUCCAAGAGGCUUUCUCAGAUGUUUGAUUUUACUUUGGAUUCACUUUCUAAAUUUUUUUUCUUCUUCUAACAAAUCAAAGUAUAAAAAGUUUCACCUCAUCUUAUAAAAAAGUAAUCAACCCAACAUAAAACAAUGAUUUAUAAAAAAUAAUUCAACUUAAGAGGUCUGGUGAUUAGAAAUAAUUAACUUAAUAGAUUUGAUUAGUCUAAUUGUUGCUGACAAGUUGUGAUUUUAUAUUUUUUACUUUUCUGUAAAGGCCAAAUAUAUUUUGAAAUCUGAUUCUGUAAAUUUGUUCUUUUUCUCUUGUGUAUAUAAUAUUUUUCCAAUAUAAUAAUUAUAAUUAUGAGAUAUGUUUCACUGGAAUGGAAGGUUGAUAAACAUCAUCCUAUGUGCAGAUAAAGUAACAUUUUCCCCAACAUGCCUGUGUCACAUCUGCAAAUCCUAAAACACAGAGACUUUGGGACAAUCCCCCAAAAAAUGUGCCUGACAAAAAGAGAAACUUUUACAGACAACAGGGGAAAAUCGACAUACAAUACAACGUUUUAGUGGAUAAUAAUUAUGUUUAACUGUUUCUAUUGCUAUAAUGUAUAAUAAAGAUUGCAUUGCCCUGA